GCAUCUCCACAGUGUGCCUAGCUGUUCAAUCAUGGCUGUAAGUUUGUUGUUGGCUGAGCUUUUAGCACUUUGUGCUCUCUGUUGUGCUUUUCCUCAGUGGAGUAAUUUGCCCCAGAGUUCUCAAACUCUGAUGCUUCAAAAUGCUAACCAGCAGGUUAAGCAGCCGGUUCAACAACAGCCACCGAGCCAGUGGGUUCAGCAGCCGGUUCAACAGCAGCCACCCAGCCAGCUGGUUCAACAACCUAACCAGCAGUUUCCCCUUCAGAAGCCAGUGGCACAGACAGAGCCCAUUGAUAAGUGUACUGUAGCUGAUUAUGAUCAGAUCCCAUGUGGACAACCUGGGAUCAGUGGUGCUGAGUGUAACGCUAUCAACUGCUGCUUUGAUGGGCAGCAAUGCUUCUAUGGAAGGGCAGUGACUGUCCAGUGUAUUCGAGAUGGUCAGUUUGUGGUAGUGGUGGCUAGAGAUGUUACUGUGCCUCAACUGAGUCUGGAUUCGGUUCGUCUACUGGGUGGAAGUGACCCACCUUGUGCUCCUGUGGAUUCCACACCUUCCUUUGCUAUAUACCAGUUCCCUGUGACCGCAUGUGGCACGAGUAUGAUGGAGGACAGUGGAUAUGUGGUGUAUGAGAACAGAAUGACCUCCUCAUACGAAGUUGGCGUUGGACCACUUGGAUCCAUCACGAGGGACAGUCACUUUGAGCUUCUCUUCCAGUGCAGAUACUCUGGAACAUCUGUGGAAGCUCUGGUUGUGGAGGUCAAUUCUGUUCCUCCACCUCCACCAGUAGCUGCUCCUGGACCUCUCAGGGUGGAGCUCAGACUGGCCAAUGGCCAGUGUGUCACCAAGGGCUGUGCUGAAGGGGAUGAGGCCUACACGUCCUACUACAGUGACGCUGAUUAUCCCGUCACAAAAGUCCUGCGGGAGCCCGUGUAUGUUGAAGUGCACAUUAUGGAGAGGACAGACCCCAACAUUGUCCUGAUGCUGGGACAUUGCUGGGCCACCUCCACCUCCAGUCCACUCAGUCUGCCCCAGUGGGACCUUCUGAUUGAUGGAUGCCCUUACCAGGAUGACCGUUAUCUGACCACGCUGGUUCCAGUAACUGGAUCAUCUGGUGUGCAGUUCCCGACCCACUACAAGCGCUUUGUUGUGAAGAUGUUUACGUUUGUAGAUCCAACCUCACUGGCUCCUCUGCAGGAAACGAUCUUCAUCCACUGCAGUACAGCGGUGUGCCAUCCGUCUUCUGGCUCUUGUGAGCAAAGCUGCGCCAGGAAACGAAGAGCUAUUGCUGUGACAACUGACAGUGCUGUGGUUUCUAGUGGAGAAAUGAGACUGAUUCCAUGACUGCACAACAUUUUAAUAAACUAUUAAAGACCUUAAA